AUAAUUUUUGAAAGGUCCCUUAUUUUUAUGUUUUGGCAAACUCAUCUUGGUUUGGUUUUUUAGUCCACUUGGUUUUUCUAAUUAAAUUCAGUUUUAUUUUUUACCUAUUGAUCGUCACCAUGCCAGAAAUGGAGAUUGAUGAACGUAAAGGUGAAGGUUUGAAGGCCUAUUACAUCACCAAGAUUGAGGAAUUACAAUUAGUUGUGACAGAAAAGACCCAGAAUUUGCGUCGUCUUCAAGCCCAGAGAAAUGAACUCAACGCUAAAGUUAGGAUGUUAAGAGAGGAAUUGCAAUUACUUCAAGAACAAGGUUCUUAUGUUGGUGAAGUUGUUAAACCUAUAGAUAAGAAAAAAGUUCUAGUGAAAGUCCAUCCAGAAGGUAAAUUUGUCGUUGACAUCGACAAAAAUAUCGAUAUAAAGGAUGUUACUCCAAAUUGCCGUGUUGCCCUUCGCAAUGACAGUUAUACGCUACACAAGAUACUACCGAAUAAAGUAGACCCACUGGUUAGUCUUAUGAUGGUCGAAAAAGUACCUGACUCAACGUACGAAAUGGUUGGUGGUUUAGGUAAACAAAUUCAGGAAAUUAAAGAGGUUAUCGAAUUGCCGGUAAAGCAUCCAGAAUUAUUUGAAGCUCUUGGAAUUGCUCAGCCUAAAGGUGUACUCCUUUAUGGGCCUCCAGGAACAGGUAAAACACUCUUGGCCCGAGCUGUUGCUCAUCACACCGAUUGUACUUUUAUCAGAGUCUCAGGAUCCGAGCUUGUUCAAAAAUUCAUCGGAGAAGGUUCUCGUAUGGUCAGAGAAUUGUUCGUUAUGGCUCGAGAACAUGCACCAUCAAUCAUUUUUAUGGAUGAAAUCGACUCCAUUGGUUCCUCUCGUAUUGAAUCAAGCUCCGGAGGAGACUCUGAGGUUCAAAGAACUAUGUUGGAGCUUCUUAAUCAAUUGGACGGUUUUGAAGCCACUAAAAACAUCAAAGUGAUCAUGGCAACCAACAGAAUAGAUAUUCUUGACCCAGCUCUUCUUCGUCCUGGUAGAAUCGACCGUAAAAUUGAAUUUCCACCUCCAAAUGAAGAAGCUCGUUUGGAUAUAUUAAAAAUUCACUCUAGGAAGAUGAACCUUACUCGAGGAAUCAACCUGAGAAAAAUCGCAGAAAUGAUGCCUGGUGCUUCUGGUGCAGAAGUUAAAGGUGUUUGUACUGAAGCUGGUAUGUACGCUUUAAGAGAACGUCGUGUUCAUGUCACUCAAGAAGAUUUUGAAAUGGCUGUGGCUAAAGUAAUGCAAAAAGAUGCUGAACGAAAUAUGUCCAUCAAGAAGUUAUGGAAGUGAUUUUUCUUGUCUUCGAUAAUAUUGUUUUAUACAAAUAAAAAUGAUAACUAAUGAUUAAUACAGUGAUUAAAAUAUUUAAUAGCUUACAAGUGAAA